CGCCAAUCGCUCGAAGCAAUAAUGCAGCAGGAAGAGCUCGAGGAGAACCAACAGAAGGCUGAGAUGAUGGACGAGUUCCGAGGCGACGAAGAGGAAGACGCGGCUGGCGGCAAGCGCCGCCUCUUCCGCUUCAAACCUGCCUUUGACGUGGUGUUGGUGCGUGAAGUGAUUCGCGAUUUCCCGUGGGCCGCUGGCUACGGCCGCACGCGCUCUGCCUGGAUGGCGGUGGCCUCGCGCGUGCAGACCGCGCUGGAGAGCUUGAAAGGCGUGGUCUUCACGCGCGGUAGUGCGCUGGACCACGCUAUAGUUAAACGGCGCAUAGACAUGUUGCUUGAAGCUUUUCGCAAGAACGAAUUGUCCGCGUUACGCGGCUCCGGGACACCCGAGGAGUUCGAUAUGCGCAAUAAGCUGCUAGCUAUCCUGGCGCGUGUGGUGGACGAGCAAACACUUAACAAGGGAGCAAUGCGCGAGAAACGCGUGCAAUCGGCACUGCAAGUGGCGCAACAUGGCUUAGCAGAGCUUGAAGGACCGGGCGGUUUGACGCUACCGCCGUCUGCGGGUCUCACGCCUCCUCCUCCUCCUGCCGCCGUGCCGUCGGCAGCUCCUUUGAUGCCCAUUGCCCCCGCUCCGUCUGCGACGUCGGCUGUACCUGCUCGCUCCAGUCCCCCCAGUCCGGUGCCUCAGAAUCUCACAGUACAACAUCAGUUGCUGCAGAAUGGCAACAAACGUCCACUGCGGACGCCGUCAGUGCCAAUUGGUGGCCCUGUGCAGGAGCUGAAGAGACCCCGCAUGGAUAGGACUGGUGCGGAAACACUGUCGAAUUUUGAAGAGCGGAAAUUACGGCUGGAGGAGCGACGUGUGGCUCUGGAAGAAGAGAGACUGGCCUGGGAAAAGCAGAAGGCCCAACAAGACGGGAAGGAGCGCCAGGCAUUGCUGGACGUGCUGCACGCCCAAGGAUCCCUCGUAACAGAGCUGCUUGCGCAUCUGCGGAGCGCCAGUGUGUCCACGAACACGCACGAACUGUAACGAUCCAAAUAUGGAACUGAAAGCAGGCAAGUUGUCAGCAACUCCAAGUGUCUAAAAGCCAAUUAUGGGUACCAUUGCAAUUGCAAAGAAUAAUGAUGCAAGUUUUUGCGUUGGUGCAUGAAACGAAUAGAUGGCUACAUUUCUGGGGCUGUC